AUGAGUGAGGAUUCCGUCUCUAGCGAUGCGCACAUCCCUCCGACGACGAGCGCGACUCGGCCGUCUGAAAACCCAGCCAAGGACGAUACCAAGCGCGAACCACAAGACGAAGAAGAGGACGGGGAGUACAAGGAAGAUGCAGAACCUCGCCGCGACCAGCUAGACGAGAACGAUCGUGACGAGAAAGAGGAAGAAGAAGACUCUGGCGCACCCCCAUUACCCGACGAGGAAGUCCCGCCACUCCCAGACGAAGCACCGCCAGGCGAGGCUGCUUCUGCUGCUGCUGAUGACGGGUGGGAGCCUCUCUGGGAUGGAAAUGCGCAGGCGUAUUACUUCUACAAUCGCCUAACUGGUGUUUCGCAAUGGGAAAACCCCCGCGUGCCAGAGGAGGAGGCGGCGGCCGCCGCCGCAGCAGCAUCGGCAUCAACAUCAGCACCAGAGCCGCGUCCACCGGGUGUCGAUGAACCAAGCCCUCCGCCAGCUCACGCGCCGCCCGUUCUAGGAGGUUAUAACCCGGCUAUCCAUGGCGACUACGACCCUACAGCUCCAUAUGCGCAACAAGACCAACAGGCCGGUGGACCAGGUGGUGCUGGUGCUGCGACAGAGGAUCCAUCACAGCUCUACGCCGCCACGGGUUCUUUCAACCGCUUCACAGGAAAAUGGCAGGACGUUUCUCUAAGGCCAGAAAACUACAACGACGAGAACAAGUCGCGGCGGCAGAUGCAUGCUUUCUUUGACGUUGAUGCGGCCGCGAAUAGCCACAAUGGGAGGAGUCUCAAAGCCGAACGCAGCGGCAAGAAGCUCAGCAAGGCUGAGGUGAAGGCCUUUCGCGAGAAGAGACGCGAGCGAAAGGAAGAGAAGCGUCGAGCUUGGCUGCGAGAUUGA